UUCAUUAUAUUUUACACUUGUUCUACUUCCGCCAUUACAGUAUUUUACAACUUGGAAUCGUUUUACUUAUUUGAGAGAAAGAAAGAAUAUUUACGCCAUGAGCUCAUCGGAUCUGUGUACUAAAAUAGUCCACUGCCUUCAAAAUUUGUGGAAGGAAAAAAUGUUAUUUGACUUUUUAGUAAAGAUAAACGACGAAACAAUCCAAUGUCACCGAGUAAUUUUGGCCGCUUGUUCGGAUUUUUUUCUGGCCAUGUUUCGUUCCGGAAUGAAAGAAGCCACAGAGAACUGCGUUGUGCUAAAAGAAAUUUCUUCUGAAGUUUUUCAGUUAAUUUUGAAAUCAAUUUACACCGGGGCAAAUCUGUUAACGUUAGAAAACUUUAUUGAAGUUUGGCGAGCAGUUCAAAUGUUGCAGAUAAAAGUUAUGAUAGAUUUGUCCGAGAACUUUGCCAUUGAAGCUAUUACCAUGGACACAUGGGAAAACAUUUACACAAAUGCUAAUUUUUUGUGUUCAGAAAGAGUUCUCAAUGAGCUUCAUUCGUUUAUGUUAAAAAACUUUGAAAAGAUUAGUCUUUCACAAACAUUUUUACAACUUCCAUGCAAGAAACUUCAGGACUUAAUCAAAAGUCAGGAUCUCGUAGUCAGCAGUGAAGAUCUGGUCAUGGAGUCUGUUAUAAAAUGGGUCACGUAUGACAAUAGUAUGACAGGUAUAAUAAACGAAAGGAACGUAAGUGUUGAUGAUCCAAUAGAAGAUGAUUUAAACAAAAACAAAAAAAUGAUUUUAGAUGCUGAUUCGCAUUUGACUUCUGAGACAUCCGCCAGAAAAGACUGCCUUACACAGUUGUUGGGGACAGUUAGGACAUGUUUAGUGCGUCCAACAGUGUUAUCCCGCGUCCUAAAAAUAAACUUUGUAUCUGAAAAUAAAGAUUCUAGAGAUAUCAUUGUCGACGCCUUGAAAUAUCAUGUCCAAGACUUCAGACACGGCCAAUGGCCAUCGGCGGCUGUACGUAGAUCUUGCAGUGGGUACAAACAUGUUGGGGUAUCUGCAAAAAGUGAUGGGAAGUUUGAAGUGCUAGACGCAAGCAAUGGUAAAUGGUGUGCUAUUAAAAGGUGUCAAUAUUUACAAGAAAACAUUCAGCUCCUCAAUUUUGAUGGUGAACUUUAUGCGACAGGAAAACAAUACAACGACCCGGACGAACCUUGUCGAAUGUUUGCGUUCUGUGACAACAGCUGGAAAGAAGUUUUGGAAAUGCCAAGUGACAAUUUGUUGUUGGCGUCACAUGGGGAAAGCAUUUUUGUUUUAAACAAGGACGACAAAUUUAUAUUUUACUUCAACCCGAAAAAAAAAUUUAAAAAGAAAUUAGAAAAAUUAACACCUUUUCCAGACAAUGUUGUUGUUCAACACGCAAUGGUGUUUGAAGACGUCCUUCUAUUAUUCUCUUCUGGAUCUCAAAACGGAAUACAUUUGACCAUCGUUCAUCAAUUGGAUAUUGUGUCCAAAGUUUGGACCAGAUUAGACAAUCUUGAAGGACCAGCAAAAAAUCUGAUUAGUUUCAGAAACGACAAUCACAACUACAUUUUACAAAAAAACGGUACCAUGUCACUGGUAUCAAACUCAUCAUACAAUAUGAAAACUGAAAUACAAUUUCUUGUAAAGAUCUGGCAAAAUGAAAGAAAAUUAUUUGGCGGGUUUACUCAUGAAGGAGAACUUAUUCUUUUUGGAAAAGUCUCAAAAGAUGGCACACUUGAAAAUGAUUUAGUCCGUGACGUGUUUCGUCACUUUAAAUCAAUGUGCAUUUGGGGACCUAAAGACAAUUGCUCGAAUUGUGUUCCUGUCAUCCUGCCAAGUAAAUGUUUUUCUUAAUUAACACCUUUUGAGUUGAAUCUCUUAAGAGGUAAGUUAAUAUAAUAAUUUUGUGGAAUAAAAGUCACACAGGUUUUUUUUUAGUAUAACACUAUAAUGUAUGUUGUAAGAUUCAAUUGAAGUAAAAAGACAUAAAAUGUACACAGAUUUACAUAUUUGUCCACACCAUGUUUUCCCCAUUUACUGUUUGUAUCGUAUAACCUGCCUUAUAUAGUCUUCUGCCCUAGUAUAUCCCCAACAUCUUGUUCAAUAUUUCACACGGUCUAGUCUCGUCAGCCACUAGUUAUGUCUUUGUGUGCCUGUUUUAUGAGUUCUAAAAUUAACAACAUUUGGUUGCGCUGGUUAAACAAUUUAUAAUUUAUCCAGCAUUGCUCACAAUUUUCUUUUUUAACGCUUUAACUUCAUAAUAGUAAACAUCAGUGAUAUGUACUUACCUUUAUACAUGUAUACUUAUCUACUUCAUCCUCAUU